GGCGGUCGCACCAAAGUGCUUCCAUGCAGGUGUGUGUCCAGAGCAGCAGCAGGAACAGCAGCAGCAGCGGCCCCCCGUGGUCCCGUGCCACUCCCCCCAGGCGAACAGCAGCGUCGCCAGGGGGGUGCUCGACCGCUGGCCCGCCCUCGGCCAGCUCUGUACCGCCGCCAGGGCCGCGCAGCGGCAGGGUGCCCCUGCCGCCGCACCCGCCCCCGCCGGCCGCCGCCCCGACGCUGGCGCAGCGGCCUACGCCCGGAAGAGGGCGCGACGAGCUGGCCGCCCCGACGCUGCCGCCGGCGAGGAUGGCGCGGAGAUGGCGGCGGAGGAGGCGCAUCUGACCGCGGCGGACCACGGAGAAAACGGGGCCGGGGACUGCGCGGGGGAGCCCGACUCGGACAGCGGAGUGGCGCAGGAAGAGUUUCGGGAGAGCGCGGAGGUGCCAGAGGCGCCGCAGGACGAGUUCCAAGAGGGUGAAGAGGUACCCGAGGCGACCGUCGACGAGUAUCCAAAAUUGUCCGGGGGCGAGACGUCCGACGACGGUGUCGCAGACUCGCAGCCGCGGCGGAGGGAGGUGACAAGGCUGGAGCGCGACGCGCCGUUGUGGAUACGACUGCAGGGUGUCGAACCGGAUACCAUGCCCGGCGAGCUGGAGGGCCUGCCGGUGGAGGCGUUGGUGCUGAGCUCGGCGGGCGGCAGCAGGCCUUUCUAUAUGGGUGCCGACGAGGCGUUGGCGGAUCUGGCCGGGGAGUGCAUCGAAGAGGUCGAGUACUUCGACGACAACGACUGGAGCCGCUUCCCAGCGGUCGGGGCGGCUCUGAGGGAUUUGGCCAGCGCCGAGGAGUGUUUCCACGUGGCGUCGUGCAAGUCCCUGGGCGUGUGGGCCGUCGGCGUCGGGAUGAAACUGCACCACCGGGCGCGCGCCGCCAGGGUGGCGCUGGCGGCAUCCCUGGCGAUCCGCAUGGAGGACCCCUGUGGCGGAU